AUGGCGCCGUAUCCAGGGUCUGAUGCCGACUAUUUUCGGGACAAGGCGCGUAGGGACUUUUUGAACCUUCUUGAAGGCGUGCGUGGGAAGAAGAACCUGGUCGUCAGUCAGGAUCUGGCCGGUCCGGUCGGGCUGUUCGUCAAGUUCUCUCUGCUCCAGGAGUACGGUGUAGACCGCGUCUUCCUGCUCGAGAAUGGCAACGUGGACUCCUCGCAGCGCAAUGUCGUCUUCCUAGUGCAUGCGGAAAAGAUACGCCAGGUGCGGGCCGUGGCAGAACAGAUCCAGCGCCUCCAGCGCAACGGCAACGUUGAACAUGAGCUGUCCAUAUUCUGGGUCCCGAGACGGACCCUUGUAAGCAACUCCAUCCUGGAGGAAGCAGGCAUCAUAGGAGACGUCAACAUCGCCGAGAUGCCACUGUAUUUUGUUCCUCUGGAGCAAGAUGUGCUGUCGUUGGAGCUGGAGGACUCCUUCAACGACCUGUACCUGCAAAAAAAUCCAGGGUCUACCUUCCACGCCGCCAAGGCUCUCAUGGACAUCCAGCAGAGACACGGCUACUUCCCCCGGAUCAUCGGCAAGGGUGAUCAUGCCCGACGGCUGGCAGAUCUCUUGCUGCGUAUGAGAAGGGAACUCGAUGCGGAGGAGAGCUCGGGGCUGGCCGGGAUCUCAGCACGAGGACUCCUCCCCAGCGCAAGCACCGAGAGCCUCAUCAUCAUCGACCGCCAAGUCGACUUCGGCUCAGCCCUCCUCACCCAACUGACAUACGAGGGAUUGAUUGAUGAAACGGUUGGGAUCAAAAACAACCAAGCGGACGUGGACACAUCAAUCGUUGGUCCCACCGCAGUACCACAAGCCCAGGAAUCCUCCAAAGCCCCUCAACAGUCCUCGAAACAGGGCCAAAAGCGGAAGAUCCAACUCGACUCGUCCGACCAACUCUUCAGCCAACUGCGCGACGCCAACUUCGCCAUCGUCGGCGACAUCCUGAACAAGGUCGCCCGCCGUCUCGAGACGGACUACGAAAGCCGCCACGCCGCAAAGACGACCACUGAGCUGCGCGAAUUCGUCAACAAACUCCCCACCUACCAACUCGAGCACCAGAGCCUUCGAGUGCACACCAACCUAGCGGAGGAGAUCAUGCGAACCACCCGCUCCGACAUCUUCCGCAAGAUCCUGGAAGUGCAGCAAAACAACGCCGCCGGCGCCGACGCCACCUACCACCACGAAGCCAUCGAGGAGCUCAUCGCGCGCGACGUGCCCCUGAAAACCAUCCUCCGCCUCCUGUGCCUGGAAUCCUGCAUGUCCGGCGGCCUCCGGCCACGGGAUCUGGAAAGCUUCAAGCGCCAGAUCGUCCAAGCCUACGGCCACCAACAUCUCCUCACCUUCUGGGCCCUCGAGAGAAUGGAACUCCUCCAGCCGCGCUCCUCCGCCACCUCCACCACCGCCAUGCUCCUCCCCACCACCGGCGCCGCCCACCCCGGCUCCAAAACCAACUACGCCUACCUGCGCAAGUCCCUCCGCCUCGUCGUCGAAGAAGUCAGCGAAAAGGACCCCAACGACGUCGCCUACGUCUACAGCGGCUUCGCCCCCCUCAGCAUCCGUCUCGUCCAAUGCAUCCUGCAGAAACCAUACAUUCUCUCCCUCCUCCGCGGCGGGGCUAUCUCCGCCGCAACGCCCAAUCCGGCCAGCGCGUCGUCGCCCGGCUGGCUCGGCUUCGAGGACGUCGUCAAGAGCGCCCGUGGCGCGACCUUCAGCAUCGUCCAGAAGGGCGAUGAUAAGGCCAUCCGCGCCCGUCAGACCAUCAGCGGGAACAAUGCCACCAAGACCGUCUAUGUGUUCUUUCUGGGCGGGAUCACGUUCACGGAGAUCGCCGCGUUGCGGUUCAUUGCCGCGCAGGAGGCCCCCAGACGGAAGAUCGUCAUCUGUACCACCGGCAUGAUUAAUGGGGAUCGCAUGAUGGAGGCGGCGAUUGAGAAGGGGAGUUUGGCGAAGUUGGAAUGAUGAGCUGUUGCAGUUAAAGUAACAAGUAACAGCAACAGUAACAGUAACUAGCUG